AUGAGCCCGUCCUACUACGACUACUCGUGCCCGAGCGUGCAUGACACCGUGCGGCGCGUCAUCCAGGAGGCGCGGGUCGCCAACCCGCGCGCCCCCGCCAGCCUCCUCCGGCUCCACUUCCACGACUGCUUCGUCAAUGGGUGUGACGGGUCGGUGCUGCUCGACAACGCCGGCGCGAUGCAGAGCGAGAAGAACGCCCCUCCGAACAAUGGGUCGGCGCGUGGGUUCGACGUGGUGGACACCAUCAAGGCUGCGCUGGAGAACGCCUGCCCCGGCGUGGUCUCCUGCGCUGACAUCCUCGCCCUCGCCGCGGAGAUCUCCGUCGAGCUGUCAGGAGGGCCGAGCUGGAACGUGGUGCUGGGGCGGAGGGACGGCACGACGGCGAACUUCGACGGCGCCAGCGAGCUCCCCGGCCCGAGGGACGCUGUGGGACUCCUGAGACAGAAGUUCUCCGACCUCGGCCUCGACGACACCGAUUUCGUCGCCCUCCAGGGAGCACACACGAUCGGGAGGGCGCAGUGCAGGCUGCUCCGGCAGUGCUGCCCGGCGAGCGAGCCCGAAAGCACCACCCUGCGCAACCUCGACCCGCCCACGCCGGACGCGUUCGACAACAGCUUCUACGCCAACAUCGUGCGCAACCGCGGCCUGCUCCAGUCCGACCAGGGGAUGCUCUCCGCGCCGGGGGGAGCCGCGGCGACCACGGCGCCCAUCGUCGUGCGGUUCGCCGGCAGCCAGGACGACUUCUUCCAGAGCUUCGCGACGGCCAUGAUCAAGAUGGGCAACAUCGGCUCGCUCACCGGGAGCCUGGGGGAGAUCAGGAGGAACUGCAGGGUGGUGAACCGCGGGUGAUGAUCAUCAUCUACUUAAAAUUUGUUUGUUGAGAGGAAAUUGAACAGGUGUAUUAAUUCGUCAAUAAUUUAUUUAGGUGAAAAUGGAAAUGUACGCAUGAAUCAUGAUUAUAUUAUUUAAACUAAAUGCGAAAGAAGAGA